GCUUGGUAUGCUCCAAGAUGGCGGCACCCAUAGUGCGGCGCGGGAUUCUCCUGACGCGGAAAGUGUUGCUGCCUCAGCUCUCCCUGGCAGGUAAAAGAUGCCUGCUUUCUGCAGCCUAUGUGGACAGCCACAAAUGGGAAGCAAGAGAAAAAGAAGAUUGUCACCUCGCUGAUCUAGCAUCUUUAAUGGAUAAAACAUAUGAGAGAAAGCUGCCUGUUAGUUCUUUAACAAUAUCACGGUUUGUGGACAACAUUUCAUCUCGAGAAGAGAUAGACCAUGCAGAAUAUUACCUUUACAAAUUCCGACACAGCCCUAACUGCCAGUACCUGAGAGAUUGGACUAUACACACCUGGAUUAGGCAGUGUCUAAAAUACGGUGCACAAGACAAAGCCUUAUAUACUGUUGUAAAUAAGGUCCAAUAUGGCAUUUUUCCUGAUAACUAUACAUUUAAUUUACUGAUGGAUUAUUUCAUAAAGAAAGAAAACUACAAAGAUGCUUUAUCCGUGGUUUUUGAGAUCAUGAUGCAAGAAGCCUUUGAAGUUCCUUCCACUCAACUCCUCUCUCUAUAUAUUUUAUACCAUUGCCUGGCAAAGAAGACAGACUUCAGUUGGGAAGACGAGAAGAACUUUGGUGCAUCCCUGUUACUCCCAGGCCUAAAGCAGAAGAACCCGGUGGGGUUGAGCUCCCAGUUGUACGGCUAUGCACUUCUUGGGAAGGUGGAGUUGCAGCAAGGGCUGCGGGCUGUGUACCAUAACAUGCCUCUGCUGUGGCGACCAGGCUACCUUGACAGAGCCCUUCAAGUGAUGGAGAAGGUGGCCUCCUCCCCAGAAGACGGAAAGCUGUGUGGAGAAGCACUCGACGUGCUAGACAGAGCGCUGAAGGCUCUGACCGCUCCAUCCCCUGGGUCUUCAGAGGAGCAACCCCAAGAGGGUGAGGAGGGCCUGCGGCCAGAAGAAGUCCUGGAGCAGUUGGAUGUGGAGGAGACUGAACAGUCCAAGCUUCCCCAAUACCUGGAACGAUUUGAGACCUUACAUUCUAAGCUACAGGCUCUGGGCAAAGUUGAGUCAGAAAGCCUUCUGACCCUGACCACCCAGCUUGUCAAGGAACAGCUCCCCACCUGUGAAGCAGAGGACAUCGCCGCCUACGAGCAGAAGCUGCAGCAGUGGCAUCUGGAACGGGUACACCUGAUUCAGAAGGAACAGGAGCAUAGGGAGAGGGCAAAGCAGGAGUACGAGGCUCGAAGAGCAGCAAAGGCAUCUACCUAACAAGCCCCACAGGGGCCUCAGGAACCUCACUGGACCCAGCUCAGGAGUCACAGAUUAAUGGUCACCAUGACGGCAGCCUCGGCUUUGUCCAUCCAACCUGCUCCUUUUCUUCAAACAGACCGCCUAUGAUAUAAAAGCCACACUGCUCCACAUGUCAGGCCACUGUGACCACCCACCCAGAUGCCAGGGAGGCUGUGGAACCAUGAAAGUGGCAGGUGGUCAGACUGAAACCACCAGCCAAAUACCUUAAAUGAGGGCUCUCAAGGCUUAUAGUUCCUGGGGUACAGAGAUCAAUUCUGAGCAUUGAAAGCCACUGAUACCUAGCGAUGGUAGUGGGAGAAGCCAUGGAUGAAGAGUCGAGUCUCAAGCACAAGCUUUUGAAUGGUGUCUGUGUCCCCAGCCGAUGUCAUCUGCAGUCCCGACGCCUUGUGCCCUUAGUCUCCUCUUGGGGGUGUGCUCUCAGCCUGAGCCAGGUGUGGGAUGCCCACACAUCCCCACUUUCCCCUUCGCCUGCAUCCCACCCUCCCAGACCUGAACUGGGAGAAGUUCACUCAUGGAGCAAACACCAGCCCUGCUGGCUUUUGAAUUUCAGGGACCCCUCAGUGGAAUUUUCAGAAUAAAGGCUUUUGAGGAGAGCUGGCCCAAGCUCUGAAGCCUCCCUGGCUUGGCUUCCACGUCAUGUUGGAGUGACUUUUUCACGAUGUAUUGUCUCAUCUCCUCAUCAUGUAGGUGAAGUGAGUCUUCUCUGUACACUCACAUGCGCACGUACAGCUUGUGAACACGUUUCAGUUAGAAGUUGGAACAAAGGAGAGAUGGGCUGGGGCUUGCACGUGGCGAUACGAGUGAUUGUAAAACUGACGGGAGGUGGACAAUUCCCCUCUCAAGUUUCCCUGUGAGAUGGGUCAGGGCAGCUCUUGCUUGCUGCGUGAUUUUGCCCUAAGUGUAGUGAUGUACUUCCACGCAAAAUUGUGCUCUGUCUUCAAGAACCUGUGGAAAUAAAUGUUCUGGGAUCA